ACUGGGAUGCCAGGCUCUCUGCUAGAGCCCCCCACUUUCUCUCCAUACCAGUUACUGUUCAGAGAGAGAGGCUGGUGAGGAUAAGGAAGGUCAUUCACAUUCAUAGAAGCAACUCAUCAACAGACUCUGAUUGCUUUCCGUCUUUUACAAAGGAAAGAACAGCCCAACCAAAGAAGGACAAUGCUAUCCCACAGUGCCCUUCAAAAGGAGAGGAAAGAACAGGCCUCUGCCAUAUUCAAGGAAAUGCAAGGAACUGAGUUGGAGGAUCUUGAUUUUGGGAAGAAGAUCAGUGUCCCCAGAGACAUCAUGUUAGAAGAACUGUCUCUACUAAACAACCGGGGAGCAAGGCUCUUCAAGAUGCGACAACGGAGGUCCGACAAGUACACAUAUGAAAACUUUCCAUAUUCAAUGAAGCCACAGACCAUUCAAAACCAAAUAAAUCAAAAUCAGAAGACAGAAGAAAACGCUGUGGAUGCUUCCCAGCAAAUCUCUCCACAAACACCUCCUAAUACACCAGAUCCUCGUAGCCCACCCAACCCUGAAAACAUUGCUCCAGGGUACACAGGUCCACUUAAGGAAAUUCCACCUGAAAAGUUCAAUGAAACCGCUGUUCCCAAGUACUAUAUGUCUCCUUGGCAAGAAGCCAUUGGCAACGAACCAGACCUUCUAGAGGCUUUGUACCCUAAAAUGCCAGAGCCUGGGCAGACAGCAGAGAUCCCUGACUACAGGAGCUUCAACAGAGCUGCCACACCGUUUGGAGGAUUUGAAAAUGCAUCGAGGUUGAAUACAUUUAAGAUUCCAGAGUUUGAUCUACAGUUUAUGAAUGACUCCACUUUUAACAUCCAGUCCAACCCCCUAACUUCAAGGAAAUCUUUUAACAGAACAGCCCAAGGAUGGACAUGCGAUAAUGUUCCGAUUAUACUGUGUUCUGACUUAAUUGACCCUGAUGUUCCUGAGACUGAUGAUCUGUAACAUGUAGGCAUUUCCUCAGAGGAAGUUUUUAUUAUGUACCACUCAAUCUAUGUCAAUGUUAUGUACUUGACUCUCCAACAUGUCCUCAAGGGCUACCAAUGGUCCAGUUUUAAUGAUAUCUUCGUUGAAAUGCAAAUGAGAAAUCUCUAAACCCAGGACCAUUGAUGCUGGUAUAAAAACCAAUAAAUCAGACUGUUAAACAUA